CAGUCUUCAACCUUCCAGCUGGACUGGUAUAGAGUGUGGUGACUGACUUCCACCUACAAGCGACUACCACCUACCCCAGUUGAUCUGGUACUAUCUGACUAGCUGGAUGAUCUUCGAAACUGCAUCCCCUACUAGUCGACAACAGUUUGUUACCUGUGUGCAGUUCAAUUUUAGACUUAUCAACCCCUGACAAUUACUUAGUGCUAUAGGAUUGAACAUGACUUUGUGAGUGAAAUUUUCCCAGUGAUUUUCCUCUGGCACACUUGGAGACACAGUGAAAUUUGUGGACUAUAUUUGUGGACAGUUUCAAGCGAUGGAUGUUCAUCCCUCUUCGAUUUGAGUUGAUGAUUCCAAGUUAACGGCAUGAUAGACAUGGCUUCGGGAACGAUUCCAUGUCCAAUAACAGUUCUACGUGAACAGAAUGACUCAAAGGAAAUGACAACAUCUGAGAAGCAACCAAAGUCUACUGAUACCAAAAAUACCAAAGAUAAUGAAAACACAGUUGUCAAUGAUACCAAAGAACAAAAUACCCACGAGAACAACUUUAAUUGGACAACGAAGAAUGGACAUACCAAAGCUUCAGACAAUACCGAAAUAAAUGAGACUGAGAACUCUCAAGAUGGAUCUUCUUUGAAAAACAGCGUAGAUAAGCAAGCUGAUAAAUCUCAACUUCAGACUAAGAACUCCGACAACGAAUCUGUUGAAGCAGACAACGAAUAUGACAACGUAAACCGCUUCAUCUGCCCGAUUUGCAACGUACUCCUAAACUCGCAGCAUGACUUCACAUUGCACAUACGCUCACACAACAAUAACAACGGUGAUGCGUCUUCCAACCACAUAUCAGCCGGUGAAGAUGACUGCCUCCUACCUGGUGGUAAAGGAUACGGUUGCUGCAUUUGUGGCAAAAUUCUAAGCUCAUCUAGCUCAUUGGAUAGACACGUUCUAGUGCAUUCUGGCGAACGCCCAUUCAAAUGUAGCAUCUGCAGAGUGAGCUUCACAACAAAUGGAAACAUGCAUCGUCAUAUGAGAACCCAUAACGUCGCAGGUAACAAGGACAUAAAUAAUCCUUCACCAAUCAAAAUGAAUGGUGGCAAUCCUCUAGAGAGCAGCUAUGAGAGUGACUGUGGAUCAGACAGCUCAGGAGCAAGCUCAAUAUUAUCCCCGUGUCUGAAACGGCGCAAAACAUCCAACGACAGUCCCCGCGGAGGCUACAAGAAUAUCCCCGAUUCAGCUUUCAACCAAACAAGAGAUACCGAAACGAAGAUGGAGACGAAUUCCAACCAUGUUUCCACCCCUACCGGUACUAAGAGGAAAAACUCAGAUCUGGAUUCUUCAUUGAAUGACAAUGGCAAUAAAGAGAUCAGAAUAUGUUCGAAUACAGUUGUUAGAAACAGCUUGCCUGUUACUACUACAGUGUCAAACUCCCGUCGCAGAAGUUCAAAGACCAGCUCCAGCUCUGAUGGAGAAGAUCGCAGAACAGCCAGCAAGUUCAAGUGCCCGGUCUGCAAGCGGGAGGACUUCUCAUCUCUCAACCUGCUAGAGAUGCAUCUCGAGGACAAGCACCCUGACUUCAAAGUUUGCUGCGAGUCAUGCAAUCUGAUAUUCAAGAACCACCGCGCAUUGAAUCUUCACCGAUUCAUGAAACAUCAAGUUAAUGAGAGGCCAACAAAUGGAGGAGACAUAGUUGGCUUUGACGACUUAACUUUUGUUGACUUCUCGAGUGAAAAAUUUCCCUACAUCGCUAAAACAGUAUGUGAGAAAAGUCUCCAUAAAGCUGGUUCAAAACAGUUGAAGUUCCAAUGUGAAAAAUGCCAACGAGCUUUCCCCCUGGCAUCAGCAUUGACAAUACAUCGACAGAGCUGUCUACAAUCUGCUAAUGAAGAGAUUAAGAGUGGCAGUGUUCUUGAGAAUGAACUCAACUGUAAGAAGAAUCACCACAAAUCAAAAGGAAAUUUGACAACAGAUGCAUCAUCUGAGGAUGAAGACUUUUUCAGCCCUUCCUCUAAAAUCUCUUCCUACGAUAACCAAACAGAUUCCGAGGAGAGUGAUGAACAAAGGCGAGAUAGCUUCUUUGCUCGGUUGGAUUUGAGAAAUAAACUGACUUCUGAUUCUCUCUCCCCAGCAAGUGAUGAUGAACCGAUGGAUAAUGCUGUUAAAAACGCCAUCCUUCAACCAAGUUCCAUUCAGGCAUCUCACUCAAUCAAUAAAUUUAAUGCUGCUCAAAAUGUAACCAGGAAUGUGAACACUUUAUCUGGUUCAAGCAUGUCAUCAUUAUCUGAAGUCCGUGAUUUAGCUGAUAUUCAGAGUAUCAUCUCGGUUACUGCUGCAGGAAAUACAAUGCUACCAGAUCUCUCGAAAAGCCCUCAACCAUCCACCACCAUAACUGAUAUCACUCCACCAGACUCGGCAACAAGAGACGAGGAAGAACAACAAGAUUGCUUCGCUGCUGAGUUCAGGAAGAUGAAACUUAGAGGAGAAUUCCCCUGCCGUCUCUGCCCUGCAAUAUUUCCUAAUCUCAGAGCACUGAAAGGUCACAAUCGAGUACAUCUAAUGACUCCCAACUCUGGUGCCAAUCUACCAUAUCGAUGCAACAUGUGUCCACAUUUUAGCAACGACAAAUCGGCGCUGAUUCGUCACAUGCGAACUCAUAAUGGUGACCGUCCUUAUGAGUGCAGUAUAUGUCAUUAUGCAUUCACCACCAAAGCAAAUUGUGAGCGUCAUUUGAGAAAUCGCCAUGCAAAGAUGACUAGGGAGGAUGUCAAAAAGUCAAUAAUUUACCAUCCUUCAGAGGAUCCAACCAAUGAUAUGAAUGGAACAAACAUGUUGUUCAAGCCUGAACUCAGCUGCAGUGAUAUCAAAAGAACACUAUUUGCAGAUCGACUGAAAGAGAACAUUGUAUCUUCUAAUGAGUCUAUUCCAAUCGAAUUAGACAAGGAAACAAUGAGGAACUUUUCUGCAGCCAACACUGAUUUGAAUAACAGUAUGACAAUGGUUAAAGCACAACCUACUGAAACAAUGAGACCAAAUAAGAAGUUACACAACAAUAUCCCAUCAAACUUACUCUCUCGACUUUCAUCUACCGCAAAUAUUGGAGUCAAAUUUGAUCAAGAUGAUUAUAAUACUCAAGAUGAAUAUCAAAAUGAGGCUGGUAUUGCUAGUUUGACAACAGAUAUACAUAAUAAACGUAGGAAGAGUCUAGAUGUAGCCACUAUGACAUCAGAAGAAGAAGUAAACGAUGAAGAUGGUGACGAAAAUAACAUUGGUGAUUUGAAUAACAAAAGUGAUGAUAAACCAUUGGAUUUGAGUAUGGAUGCUUUGGAUCUGAGCCGCAAACGUCAAGAUUUCAUGAAGCAUGAUUCUCUGGAAAGCAGGAAGUCUGAUUUUAGAGGUUUCAGCGUGAGUGAAGAUGACCUUAGUGAUGCUGAAUACGAUAAUCAACCAGCAGACGUGCCACAAGACUUGAGCAAGAAAAAAGUCAUCGAAGUUACUGAUGAUUUUGAGGAGGAUGAUCGUAAUGAUUGUGAAGAAGAAGAUUGUCACAUGAUAGAUGUGACAGGUGAUGAAGAGAAAGACCCGAAUUCGACACCCAAACAAAUCAAUGAAUCUUCCCCACACGUUGAUGAGUCACAACGUCUCCAGCCAGGUUUGGAAAAUUCUGAACUCCUCAACUUCCCAAAGCUGAAUCUUUCUCAGUUCUAUGCGGCUGCAGCAGCCACAGGUAACGUUGGAACUGCUCUGCCAUCAACAUUCUUCUUGAACAACAAUACUACAAACUCCAAUAACAAUAAUAAUGCUUUCUCGCCAUUUGUUGGAGCUCCAAAUCCAGCUGCAGCUGCUGCUCUCUUUUCUCCCUACUUCCUGGCUCCACAUCCAGGAGUCAUGUUCCCCAGGAAUCUGACAGCAGACUAUAUACUGGAGAUGAAGGAGCGCCUUCAUAAAGACCUGCUCAGAGGACUCCAGCUGUCAUCAGGUGGCUCUCUCAUAUUUGACCAGAUAGCUAUGGCUAGCGCUGCAGAUCGCAUACAAACUCUUCAUAAUCAAGCACUCAUGGAGUACAAUCGGAGGAUGGAGAACUCGGUUCCCAUGAAUUUGAUUGAUGCUUUGAAUCAUAACUUUGCUGGGAAGCCUCCUGUUGUAAACGAAAAUAAUAAUAAUAACAAGAGCAGCCCAAUACAUCAAACCGCAGUUAAUUCACAUGAUGCUCCUUCAACAUCGCCUCUGCUGAGAAAUGUUACGUCUCCUAGUGCAUCUUCUUCACCAAUUGGUCUAGUGGAUAAAAAUAUUCCAAACUUCAACAGUGGCUUCAACUUGCCACAACGCAAAAACGUACUUGUAUCAGGUAUGAAUAAUCCAGUUGUUCCAAGUCCCCGUGCUCCAAGUUCAACAAGUAACAGCAAUGUCAGUAACGAGAGCAUUUCUCCAUCAUCCGCUUCAUCAUCUGUGAAGAUGGUCAUCAAGAAUGGUGUGCUGAUUCCCAAGCAGAAGCAGCGACGUUACCGCACUGAAAGACCGUUCUCUUGUGAACACUGCUCAGCUCGUUUCACUCUCCGUUCGAACAUGGAGCGACACAUCAAGCAACAACAUCCACAAUACUGGACACAUAGGCAGAGAUCAGGUCAUGGCGCAGGGAGAAGGGCUCAGUCAAGGAACAAUCUUCAACCUACUGGCAGCCUAAACAGCCAGCUGUCAUACUUCCCUCAUCUUGCUGUUGCCAGCGGAUCUGACAAUGAAGUCAGUCGCCCAAGCUCACCGCGUGAAGAUCCCAUAAAAGAAUCUUCUGUGCUCAUCGAAGUUGGAAGGACCAUAUCCGAUGAAGUAAAGCAUGCCAUUGCCUUGCAAUUGAAGUCGAAAAACCCCACCCCCACCAUUCAAGACAUCAAACAACCUCUUAGAGAUGAUAAAUCUGUUGAUCAGAAACCAAAAUGCAGUCAAGUCGAAGAAGAUGACAACGCGUUCGAUGUUGAAACUGAAGGAGAGGCUAGCGAGGAAAGACUCGUGAUCGAUGAAGACAGAUUGAUCAAUGACACCGACAAUGAAGAUGUUGAGAUGAAAUCAGAAGUAAAAGACGAGAAAGACACUGAGGCUCCCUCUCCUAAGUAUAUAUUAUCAGAGAAGAAAGAAACUGAAAAAACUCCAUUCCAAAAAGAUGAAAAUCUCAACGUCGAUCUAGCAUCGGUUUCUAGAUUGCUGGACAAUGCUUCCACGCAAACAUUCAAGGAGUAUUUCCACAAUGAUGACGACCAAAUGCGCGAUGAGAAUAGCGAGGAGGAUGAAGAAGGCCUAGUCGCACCCAAUAGUGAGGGAAACAACUCUGGAAGUGAUGAGAAUAAGUCUGAAUCAGACACUGCCGGCAGCAGCAUGGGAAACCGCCAGGGUGAAAAGAAAAAGAGCGCAUACUCCUUGGCACCAAACCGUGUUUCCUGUCCCUAUUGCUCCAGGAAAUUUCCUUGGUCCUCGUCUUUGAGACGACAUGUUCUGACUCACACUGGUCAAAAGCCCUUCAAAUGUUCGCAUUGCUCCCUUCUUUUCACUACCAAAUCCAACUGUGAUCGCCACUUACUCAGGAAGCAUGGCAAUAACAAUACUUCAAACACAAACAAUAACAAUAGCAGUGGUAAUACUGACACCAAUGAUGAAUGUAUCCCAGGUAGAAUUAUGGAGAAUGGUACUAAUCAAUCAGAGGAUGGUAACUCUCUUUGCUACACUAUGAGAAACGUCCCAGAAAGACCCUACAAGUGUAGGUAUUGUCCCAGCUCUACUUUCUCCACUCUGAGUAACCUCAGGAAGCAUAUCUCAUCAAAGCACCCGCAUUGCAGUAUUCCAGCUCUUAGAGAUGGUGUCAAAAGGAGCAGUUUUGACGGUUAUGAAAGUCAGCACAGCUCUGCAGAAGAAGCAGAGCUUGAAGUAGCUGUAGCAGAGGUCAAAUCAAGCCCAGAAGUUGCCAGUCCUGCAAAAAUUAAGGUUGUCGAUAACCUUCCCAAAAUCAGUACUGAGUUAACCAGAUUACCUGUCCCUGCUGUGAAUCAAGGUGCUACUGAAACGUCUCCUGGCGGCACUGUUCUACCCCAGCCUGCUUCAGAUCUGCCCUUCAAGUGUCAUCUGUGUGACAACAGCUUUGGAGAACGCCAAGAUGCUUUGGAUCACAUCAGGGAGACACAUGCAUCUGAGUACACACUGCUUGCCUUGAAAGGAGCACUCGAAUCUGGCACCGCAGAUGAGGCCUUCCAUCUGGAUGACUGCAAUGGAGAGGAAAGCCUCGAACAAUUGCGAGGCAAAUUCCCGGACUAUGCCAACCGUAAGGUUAUGUGCGCAUUCUGCCUUCGCCGUUUCUGGUCGGCUGAGGAUCUACGCAGACACAUGCGUACCCACACCGGCGAGCGACCAUUUUCCUGCGACAUUUGCCGCCGUCGCUUCACGCUGAAACACAGCAUGCUGCGGCACCGCAAGAAGCACUCGCUGCAGCGAACAGCUGUCAGCUGCCGCUCGCCCAUCCAAGCCAACGAGGCCAGCGACGACGAAGCCAACAUCAACAACAACAACAUCCCGCUCACCCCCACCACCAAGCCUGGUAACGAAGAAUUCGAUCUUAUCAGCAAUCUGCUGGGAAUCGGAGAUAAGAACAUUGUUGAUGAUAUUAUCAGAUCUAAGUCAGCUGAGGAUGCUGCGAAGCUCCUAGGCGUACUCAAGCACUAGGUAGACAUAUCUAGUGUCUAUGAUUGCUAAUCCAGUCUAUCCUAGAUCCUAGAUCUAUUCCAUUAGACUUUGACAAAGGCAUUCGUGUCUUCUCCAAUUUGACAAAAAUAUUGGGAAACCUAUUUGAUUUGCAAAUCAAUAAUUACUUAGUUGUAGCAUGUAUUUCCAAAACAAUAUUGAGUAGGUCAUACUCAUAGUAUUGGAAAACAACAUUACUAAGAAAUAUCCUCCCUAUUAUAGCAUUUACUAUUCAGAGAUUUUCAUAAAAUAAAAUCCUCUUUAAUUACCCCGAAAUUGUGUAUAAAUGUCUGGAGUUUAUCCUGUUACACUUAUUUAUCCAAUCAGAUGGAAAGCUGCUCUUCUUCCUUUAAAAUGUCUGUCGAUAGACUCACAAAUUUACUUCUAAUUUCCGACUCUCAGUGUGAUUAGAAUUGAUAAUCUGAUUUGUAGAAUUAAGCAAUGUGUAUAUAUUACGCGUACAUACUUAAUUAGAUAGGUACUCAAUACCCAGUGUUUUCUCGAAAUGAAUUAAUUAUUGGAUUUGAUUUUUGUUGAUUAUUUUGUAAGUAUUGAAAAAGUCUCACUGAUACUGAACUGUGUGAGUUGUAUCACUUUGUAGCUGGAGAAACGAUUUUUUACUCUUAGUCAGAAUUUGCAUGAUAUGAAGAGGGUUUCAAUGUAAAAUACAUUGCAGCUGGAGUUAAUCUGCAUUUGUGUUUAUUCUAAUGGUGUGGAAUCAAAUUGGUUCAACGAUUAGUCUUGCAUCUUGCAUGACUAAGUUAAAACAUUAUUAUUCGAAUAAUUGAAAUCAGAUUAAACAUAAAAAAUAUUAUUGCAUAACACAGAGUAUCAUCUGUUUCCAUCAUCAGAUAGAUAAAACUAUAUCUAGCAAAUCUUGAAUAGUAGAAAAAUGUCAAUAUAUUGUAGUUGAUCUACAAUUAUGAAAUUCGUCUCUACUUACAGGAUAUGUAAUCAUACAUAACUAAGGCAAUCAGUGCAAAGAAAAAUAUUAAAAGCUUUUAAAGAGUUGGAUUGGUUUGGGAAAUCGCAGUUGAUCUGUAUUGUCAGGUUCGUGGCUCAAAAUUUCAAAAAUGAAAAUAAAUAGUAACACUUACGGAGAGUUAAAAUAGCAGUUGAUGUGUAUUCAUAGGUGGCUCACAAUUUGAAAAAUAGUAAAACUUUAGUAGAAUUCAAAUUGUUUUGGUUGUCGCAGUAGACCUGCAUUAUUAGGUUUGUGUUAUAAAAUUUGAAAAAUAAAUAAACUCUUGAAGAGUUCAUUGCGUUUGGAUAGUCGCAGUUGAUCUGCUUUAUAGGUUCGUGGUUCAAAAAUAUGAAAAAUGAAUUUUGGACGCUUUUAAAGAGUUAAUGUUUUUAGUUCUAGUGUAUACAGAGUGAACAAAUAUAUCAUGAAUUAUAUCACUAUAGGAUAAUAUUGGACUGUACCAUCAUAUUAUAAAUUUAUUAUAUCCAUACUUUUUAUAGCCUACUUUAGGUUACUUUUAUUAGCCAUACUUUACUAUAGCCAUACUUUUUAACCUAUUCAUAUAGUCAAUACUCCUAUACCUAUUUACCCGACAUUUUAUUUAUUUAAUAUAGCCUAUCCUUUUAUAGCUUUUUCUUUAAUAAUUCAUGAUAAAUUAUAUUCCUUUUAUUAUAAAUAUGAAAAAUGUCAGUAUCUGGCCUCCCUGUAAGGCCCAAUGCUCAAAGCUGACCAGGAUUUCUAUUAUAUAAGAAACUUGAAUAGUUAGCGCAAAAGGAUAUGAUAUGAGGAUAUGAUUGUGAUCGGUGGUACAAUCAACUAUGAUAUAAAAUGAAUACAAAAUAAUACAAAUAGUAGUAAUAAUAUCGUGAAUGUAAUAAUAUCGUGUGACCUGGCUGGCCCAGGUCUAUAUGAAAGUAUUAUUCUAAUCAUCACAGUAUUUUCUUAUCUAUAUAUUAUUGACUGUCUGAUUUUCCAUAUAAAACUUUAUAAAUAAUAUAGUUCAUACAAUGCAUGAUAAAUAUUCCCAACUUAUUUAGAAUAUCUUCAAUUCUGGAUUAUGUUAGUUAUCUUUAAUGUUGAAUACUAAAAAAACUCCAAUAUAGUAAAGGAGAAUAAAUAUUUGGAAUGGAAAGGAAACAUCAAAUAACAGUUUCCAAUUAAGUAUUUAAUUUAUUGCAUUUAGGAAUUUAGGAAUUAUCCUCCUUAUGGUUCCUACAUCAUAAUAUCACCGGUGAAGGAGUUAGGUAUAUAAGUGUCAUAAACUAUUCAAAUUAAUGAUGAUGAUAAUAAUACAACGAUAUAAUCUAAUGGAUGAAAAGUUGAAGGAUUUAGAGUAUGUAACGUGUAAAAGAAUCGGAGUUGAUAAUUCUCUUCGAUUCUUCAUCAAAAUGUACGAAUUGAAGAUUUUGUCACCAGAAAAUAUAUCUAGAACAAGCCGGGAUCAAAGAAAUACUCCACCUUGAAUAUGCUUGAGACCCCUGUGUUGUCCUGAUAGAUUCAAAAAAGUUGAACCAAUUUGAUUCUUUAUUAUACACGUACAAUAACCCGAAACCUCAUCUAUGUAAAUAUAAUAAAAUGAAAUGAAUAAACCAAAGAACUGGUAAUUUUAAUAAUAAUUUGCAGAGUAUUAUAUAAGAAUUUAAGAAUUAUAUGAUUAUAUGGAAAUAUAUAUAUUUAUCAAAUAGUUUUGAUUGAAGAGUUUUUAUAAAAUAUUAUAUUAAUGAUGCUGUAAUAUCGAAUUAGCUGUGUAAGUUACUAGUUCCAACUUUCAUUGCAAUAAUAGAAUUCAAUAUUAUUGUCGUCAUUUGGAGCACACUGUAAUAUAAUAUUUACUAGUUGAGUAGUGUAUAUGAUCUGUCUGCCAAGAAAGUAACAAUAGAUCAAUUAUUACAACAUUUAGUCAUUUUACUUUCUAGGCAGAUAUAGAAUUAAUUCAUUAACUAUCAACACAGUUGAAUGGAUUAAAUUUUGUAUACUCUGAAUGUGUCUGAAUGUAAUACAUAAUAUUAAAAUCAUCAGUGUUUUCAUAUUAUAUUCUCUUAUUAGGUGCUCGAAAUAACUAGAAUGAUACAUUAUACACUUGAAUAGUUUACCAGAGACUACCAGUGUAUUCUUAAACAAACGUUCUAUAUCGUUCUUAGCUUAUCUGUUUUAUGUGUUGUGUAUGGUACGAUACUCCUAAUCAGUUAAAAUUUAUUUAUGAUUUAAUAGAUAAUGUUUUGUCAUGAGAUACUAUUUCUUUUUACAUUUAUCAACACUUUUAUACUUUUAUGUCUAGUGUGAUUAUAAUAUCACUAUUUCUAUCAGAAACAUCGGUCAAUAGGCUCUUAUGAAAAAACAUCUAUAUCUCAAGUAUUUUCCCUCCAUUGAUUGACCGAUAAUUCUCUUCCAUCCUAAUUAAAAUUUGUGAAAUCACGUUUUUAACCAACCUCAGUUUAGAUAUUACAUUUUCAUUGAUAUUACUAUCAACCUGGAUUCAAAUUGAUAUUACUCUUCAUUGAUAUUACGAUAUAUUUAUUGCCGACGAUAUUCAGUAUCUUAUAAAUUGUGUUUUUGUCUUGUUUCGUUUAUUAAAGUUUUCAUGUCCUUUAUGUUGAAGUGAUUGUCGAAAAAAUUAUUAUUUACCAAAUUUGGUGGAAGUGGAUAUUAUAUUAAAAUGAUAUUAAUGCAAAAGUAGGCCUAUAUAUAUAGUUAUAAACUUGAAAAUGCUGUAAGAAAAAUAUUGACUAGGUCUGAAAAAUUCCCUCAAACUUGCUCCAGAUUCUUCGCUAAAUUAGUGUUUGACAAGAAGUGGCAUUUCUCUAAUUCAUAUAAUAUGGUUUGAUUUUUUUAAGGAGUUCAUCCCAUCUUAAUAUGGUGAGCUCUUUUGAAAAAUAAGAAAAAAUUAAAGAAAUAGUAUGAUAUAAAUAUGCCCGAACAGCUUGAAACUUGAUGUUCACUGUUCGACUUUCAAUUUUUCAAAUUUGUAUGCCUAGAUUAGUGUGGAUAUAAAUUUCUAUAUAACUUUGCAGUAGUAAUAACUAAUUUUCCUACAUUUUCUAAGAUGAAAUUCUGUGAACACAAAAAUAUGUAACUUACGCAGGAUGAUUAAUGUGGAAUUAACAUGUGAAGAACAAAUAUACCAUGGGUUUUCAACCUUCCUUCAAUAACAUAAGUUCUCAUUUCUGUAUAUAUCAUUAAAAUUUUGCCACGAGAUUAAUUUUCAUACAGAUUUGUAAUUAUAUUAUCAUAUUAAAAUAUGAAAUGGAAUAUAAAUUCUUUUUCAAUAAUGUUCGAACGAUUUCUCCAUUGUCACUGAGAUUAGGUGUUACUGCACGAUUAUUAUCCAAAUUUGACCUAAUUUCUCACCGUUGGGAACCCCUGGUGUACAGCCCUUUAUAAUUGAUUCCGAAAAAAGGUUUCUCUGAACUCCAAAAUGUUCACAGAAUUUUAUCUUAGUGUCUGAUCCAUAGAUAUAAACUUCAUGUUUGAUUUUUUUUGUUUAUCCACAAAGCAAUCUAUAAUCUUGCUAAUAGAUUAUCACAAUUAUAUUUCUUAUGACCAGAGAGAGAUCAGGGAACUACAGUUCGAGAGAUAUUACUUUUAACAUGAAGAGGGGAAACCGAUUCCUCGUUGCACAUUUUGUAGGAUGGACAGAGUGAGUGUAGAGUGGAGUACCGUAGUGGAGUAAGCAUGCUGGAUGCUGACACUAAAGUAGGCAGAAUGCUGUUAGGUAGUGCCAGUCAUUGGUCAAGGGAAGUGUAUCCACCCACUCUGUUUUCUUCGAGAGAGAGCCGUGUAAAAAGUAAUAUCUCUCGGACUAUAGUAAUUUUUCUUGCAGCAACAUAUUAAUCCAAUGUUCAGAUUUCAAUGUACUUAAUAAUUAAUAUAUUCGUGUUUUUAUGUCCAGAAGAAAUGCAUUCUAUAUUAUUUUGAUAAUUAUUAUGUGUUUUUAUUUUAAUUACAUUAUUAUAUUACUACAGUAUUAUGUUAUAUGAAGCAGUAGUAGAGUGAUUCAUUUUACAAAUAAUGACAAAUAAAGUGUGAAAAGAGUAGUGUAUUCACCAAGAAGCCAACUAGCGAUGAUAUUAAAAUUUAAAAUUUACCCGCAAAGAUCUAUUGCAGGGCUGACUUGUUUAGUAUUCAAUAUUUUCCAAUUGCAUCCAGUUAAACUAUAAUACUCAUAGUUUCAAACAGAUUAUUUAUUACCGUAUAAUCUAUUUGCAUUAUCAUUGAUAUUAACACUUGAUAUCUCACCUCAAAUUAAGGAUCAGUUUUCUAUUUAUUAACAAAUCUCUAUUUGCAAUAAAUUUAAAGAUUGUAUUUCUAUCUUGGUAGAAGUGCUUAGACACUAAUUUUGAAAAUUGUACCGGAAAAAUAGACACAAUUUUCAGGUGAAAACAUUAUUAAUUCUUGAAACACACCCUACUCUAUUAUUGAUUUUUAAUCUAUUUAUUGGUUUUAUUAUUUAUAUAUUUAGUUCACAAUUUAUUCAAUAUAUUUUAAUAAUUAUUUAUUAGAUUCAGUUUCAACAAAUAUCAAUAUUCUAUUAUUCUAUUUUCUACUAAAUUUUACUGGUUGUACCGGAAAAAUAGACACAAUUUCAGGUGUAGAAAAAUGAUUAAUUCUCAAAACACACCCUAUUCUAUUAUUGAUUUUUAGUCUAUUUAUUGGUUUUAUUAUUUAUUUAGUUCACAAUUUAUUUAAUAUAUUUUAAUAUUCAUUUAUUUUUUAGAUUCAGUUUCAACAAAUACCAAGAUUCUAUUUUUCUAUUCUCUACUAAAUUUUGCUGGUUAGGACAAAUGUUUGACAAACUUUUCCAAAGUCAGUACUGUAAUUAAAACAACAACUCAUUAAUCAAUAUUGAACGAUUCUAUUCCGUUAAUGUAUUGUUGAAAUAAAUUCAGGAUUAAUCUAUUUACCUUCUUAGCUUACUGGCAUUUAAAGUACAAUUUAAUACUUAAGUAAAUUACUGUAUAAAUAAUUGAAUACACUGAAUUGAACUCGAUUGCACUGAUGUACUUAAAAAUAAAAUAAUUCGAUAAAUGAUAAUUAUAGUGAUAGUAUGAACAUACAAAUAUUAAUGUAUAUGUAAGUGGAAUAGUUCAUUUUGUUUAAUAAUUAAUAACUGCUUGACGCCAUUUUAGUUUAAAAAAUCUUGUCGCCAUCAAUUGCUUCCAGAUCUGUACAGAAUUAAUUUUGUUGAGAUCUGAGAAGUGCCAAUUUCAAAAUGCCAAUGAAAGGCCAUAUUUUUUAUGUAUUUUUUAAGAUUACAGGUAUCAUUCUGUUCAAUAUUUUGGUAUUUUACAAAGGUUUUUUGAUUCAGCAACAAAAACUUCACUUAAUUAUUUUUAAGUCUCUAAAUUUGAUUGCUAUUAUUAGUAAUAGUCCCAAAAUGGAACAUUUGUUUUUAGUUUGUUAGAUUUUUUCUCAAAUGUUGUUUACUUGUUUCAACCAAAGAAUGAUUUCAGAAAUUCCACUAUAAAUGGAUUGACCCAUCUGAUUAGUCCAAUAAAUUUGAUUUUUGUUGAAUGGUAGAUCAUUAUGUAGUAACAGUUAUACAUUUCUGAUUUAUUUGAAUAUAAUGUUUUAUGUUUCUA